UACUAGACUUAUAACCAAUAAUGUUGCUACGAAAAUCGAAGAUGUAGCUUUAGAACUGAGGAGGCACGAAGAAGAUACUAUCCCAAAGAAUAUAAGAGCUCAACAUCGCCAGUAUUUGGAUGAAUGGAUAAAGGACGACCAAAUGUUUGUCGUCACUAAAGCUACAAAGUACGUGAAGUCGUUUCUGAAAUAUAAAAGAAGAAACGUUGUUGUUGUCACUGGGAGCUCAGGAAAUGGCAAGUCAUCAAUCAUUCACCAUGUUGCGUUAGAGUUAUAUUUUAAGUAUGGAUAUGAAGUGAUACCAUUUGUAACAGGACCGCAAGAUAUUAUCAACUUUCGAGACCCAACAACGAAACAAGUUUUUGUUGUUGAUGAUAUUUGUGGCAAAGAAGCAAUAAAUGUGAGUUUAGUGGAGCUGUGGAGAGAUCAUUCGGAAAAGUUAGCAAAAAUUUUCGAAGUUAAUGAAGAAAGUAAAAACAAUCAUGAAUUAGAUCCAGUGUGCACACAAAUGUCAUCUCCAAAAUUGUUGGUAUCCUGUAGAUUACACUUAUACAGGGAUGUUCACGUUAAAUUGUUAAAGUUGCAACUUUUCAAACGAAGCGAAUGCAAUUUGCUGUCAACAGAGCUUUGUUUGUCAUAUAAAGAGAAAAUGAAAAUGGUGAAACGGUACGUACCAGACAAAAUGUGCUACUCCUGGGGUCGAGAAUCCUUCGAUUUCUUUCCUUUGCUGUGUAAAUUGGCAGUUGGGAAAAAUUCCGAUGAAAUAGAUAAACUUUUUUCGUCACCUGUUGACACUAUCGAAUAUGAUUUAAAACAGUUUAUAACGUGGCAGAAUAAAUAUCAGCUAUGUGCUUUAGUUUUGUGCAUCUUAUUUUUGAAUGGUUUUAAUACAGAUUGGCUUAAACUAGAAUACGCACCUAUCUUAGAAAGAGACAAGAUAAAGAAAGUAGUGGACGAAUGUGGCAUAAAUAUUAAUCUAGAACGGAAAAGGAAAUGUUUAAAGUGUUGUUUUGAAUCUUUGGAGUUGACAUACUUGAAGAAAAAGUUUGGAAAUAUUUAUAUCAUGAUUCAUGAUAAAAUAAAUGAAAUUGCUGCUUUCCUGUAUGGGCAGCAUCUUACAGAAUGCUUCAUCAAAUAUGCACCAACAUCAUUUGUUCGCGAUCACUACAGAUUUCAAUCAUUUGAAAGAAAAGAAAAUGACAAAAUAAUAACAUUAUCGGAAAACAUGAGGGGAGAAUAUUUGAAUAGAUUGAUUCGUGAUAUGAAGCAAGGUGACAUCGUAAGCACAUUAAGUAAUAAGAAUUUAGUAAUUGACACAAUUCGAGCAGGAAUUAUAAAAGCUUUCCAGCAUGAUCCUGAUGUAAGGUUAGCCAUGAAACAAUAUUCACAUUCUAUGUAUUCAGCACCAAUUAUGGAAGCCGCAGCUCAAGGUUUCGCUGACAUAGUGAAGGUUCUGUUUGAUCUAAAAUAUGUAGAAUGCGAUAUCAAUUUCAGUAAUUGGUUUUGGAAAACACCUUUAUUUGCGGCAUGUGAAGGAGGACACACUACUGUAGUUAAACUUUUACUAGAAAACGGUGCUAGAUUUUAUGGUUGUGGUGAACAUGGUUGUUCUCUUUUACAAGUGUCCUGUUCAAAGGGGCACAUAGGAGUGGUGGAACUUUUGCUUCAAGAAAGUUUUGGAUUUUUUCGAAAAAAGAAAAGGAAACGAUCUAACCGUGUUACAUCUUAUGCAGCAAGAGAGAAAAUAGAAAACUAUGUAAAUAUAUCAAAAGUUGACACUCAGGGACGCUCUUCGUUGUUUUUGGCCUGUAAAGAAGGCCAUACAAAUAUUGUUAAACUAUUGCUGGAUAGGAAUGCUGAUCCCUUAAAAUCUAACAAUCGUGGACAGUCACCGUUGAUGUCUGCAUGUAAAAAGGGUCAUCAAAAUAUAGUUGAAUUGCUACUUAAAAAUAAUGUAAAUGUAAAUAAAAAAAGAAAAGAUGGACGUGCAGCAUUACACUUUGCAUGUAAAGGAGGUUAUUCAGCAGUUGUAAAACUUUUAAUUGAAUACAAGGCCAAUGUUUCUCAGAGGGGUUGGGCUGGGCAGUCACCUUUAUAUGAAGCUUGUGAAGGAGGACACAUUGAAGUGGUCAAAAUACUUCUUAAAAACAAUGCAGAUGUCACACAGAGUGCAAAAUAUGGGAAGACGCCAUUGUAUGCGGCUUGUAAAGAAGGACACAUUUGCAUAGUAAAAGAGUUGCUAGAAAAUAAGGCUGACAUUUUUCAGAGUGAUAAAUUUGGGAAGUCGCCAUUAUACAUGGCUUGUCAAACAGGCAACAAAGAUACAGUACAUCUUUUACUUGAAAAUGGUGCAAAUGUAAAUCAGUGUGACCAACGAAACCAAUCUCCCUUGUUUGUUGCAUGUGGUAGAGGGUAUUUAGAUAUCGCAAAGUUGUUGCUUAAGACAAAUAACUUAAUUUCUAAAAGUGAUGUACAUGGCCAGACACCCUUACAUAUUGCUUGCAAAGGCGGACAUAUAGAUAUAGUUGAGUGUUUACUUGAUCAAGGGGCAAAAAUAAACCAGCAAGGUCGCACUGGACAGACUCCAAUUUAUUUUGCAUGUUCUAGAGGGCAUAUUGAUGUAGUAAACGUGUUGUUGAACAAUAAUGCCGAUGUUUUAAUCCGCAAUAAGUAUAAACGGUCACCGUUGUAUGUGGCUUGUGAAAUGGGAUAUACAUACAUUGUACAACUUUUACUACAACACUGUGCUGACGUAUUAGGGUGUGACAAAUUUGAAACGUCACCUUUGCAUACUGCUUGCAAGGGUGGCCAUAAGGAAAUAGUGAAAUUAUUAUUGCAGAAAAACGCUGAUAUUAAUCAAUGUGAUAGUUAUGGGCAGUCACCAUUGCAUAUAGCAUGUAGAGGAAACAAUAGUCAAUAUGACCCCCGGGAAUUGUUUUUAUCUGAUGAAAGUUAUACAGAUAUUGUACAUCUUUUACUAGAAAUGCAUGCUGAUGUAACAUUAUGUGACAAUCAGGGCUUUACGCCUUUGAGCAUUGCGAAAACAUAUGGAAACGUUGAUACAGUACGCCUAUUCAGUCAAAACGAUUGCAAUUGAAAUUCACCACUUCAACAUGUUCAAUUCGAUACUUUAAUUAUCUAACUGCUGUCGAACUGUAUCAAUCAAAGCACCGCAAUGUUACAAAAAAAAAAUUAAAUGAUAAAUACAAAUUAAUGUUACAGUACGUUACAUUGAUAAUACAUACCAUACUCAUCUAAAAAGUCGUAUCCAUUCUUCGGACAGAUUGUCAACGUUACUAAACGUUGGUUACUUAUGUAAAUAUAUUGCUUGCAUUUCCGUCAUCA